AUGCCGAACAAUAAGAAGAAAACCUUUAAACAAAUAAAAAAAAAAGAUUCAGUACUUCAUCCAUCUUCCCGUAAAGCUGCUCAACUUCAACGAGUUACUUUACGUAAAGAUCGGUUAGAUAAAGCAAAAGUGCGAAGAUAUUCUGAAAGUGUUAGACCAAUUGUUGACAGGAUUUUAUGGUUCAGAUACGCACUUGAUGAAUCACUUCCUUGCGCUACAACGGCCGAUAUUUAUGAUUUGAUUGAAAUGUAUAUCUCUCGUAAUGAUGAUGAACUCUCAAAACUCAAGUCGUUAAAGAUUAAUGGAGCUGUCAGACCUAAAACAAUAAAGGAGGAUCACAUAGAAGCAUUAAAAUUGAAAGAGCGAAAAGAAUAUAUAGAAGGAUUUGAAUGGGAUGGUGACCCAAAUUCAUUAUCACGGAUCAAACUUAUUCGUGUAGAAGAUCCAAAAAAUGCUACAGAUUUAAAGACAACAGUAACAAUUUUAAAAAAGAUGAAAAUUGACAAAGAAUCAGAUAAAACACAAGGGGAAGAAACUACAAAA